AUGGUCUCGCACCUUUUCAUUGUAUGCUUGAGACGGAGGUCUGGGAUAGCUGACGUCCCUCUUUCAUAUCCGAGAGCAGGAUGCACUCACGUGCCCCCUUUUCCGCCACAACGGGAUGAGCCACAUUCUCCUUCCUUUAUACGUGAAUUGAAAAAUACAAAUUUUGUUUUACCUAGGGAUAGAUUGCGCGACGGAAUCUCGAUUGAUACCCCAAUGAUCGAUCAAAGAAAAAGAUUAGAAGUCGUUCAAUUUUCCCUUCUGAAGAUUGAACAAGAGGUAUAUGACGUGAACAUUAAUCUUUAUCAGAUAAUUUAUGACAUAGAUAUUAUCCAUCAAAUGGUGGUCAGGCUGGGUGAGGUAGUUGUAGCAGGUCGUGAGUUAAUUAGAAGUUAUGAAGGCCUCUAUUUGCUCCAAAGGAAUUCCAAGCAAAACAUUUCUGUUUUGCACAACACUUCCAUGGAUACAAUGAAUUAUGUUGUUAAGUUCCAUGAACUGGGUUGA